CAGAAAUUUAGAGAGAGAAAGGCUCAAGGGCAUAAGAUAGGGCUAGGAUAUUUAGAAGCCCACAAAAAAAAAGAGGAGCUAGAAAACAUUUUGUUCAAAGUAGUAAUGAUAAUUUUCCUCCCCUACCUCUGACUUCUCUUCAUCCCUCAUCAUCAUUACAACCUCACUUCUCUCUCUCUCUACCUUCACUUUAGUUCCCAAUAUCAUCAUGAUGAUAGUUAUGAUGAUCAUUCAUGUUCAUCUUCGUCGUCUUCUUCUCCUUCUUCUUUCUCUGCACCUACCAAGUCCCAAUACCCAAGAAGAAGACAUCAACACACAAACCAAAGAUCAAGAAUCCCAAGAAAAAGAAGAUGAAGUAGUUGAUUCUUAUCAUCAUCAAGAUUUUAAGAUUAGGGUUUACCUUAUCUCUCUCUACUUUUUCAUUUAGAUCGGUUCUUGAUCAUCAUCAUCAACAUCAUCAUAUGUUUGUAUCUUCAUCCACGUGUGCGUACGAGAUCCAAAAGGGGAAUCAAGCGUCUCGGUCCGAUCCUUCGCUGCAUCAAAGCGAUCUUCAUCUUGAAAAUUACCAAAUCAAGUGUGUGUGUUUUUACUCUUUCUUUUCUUUUUGUGUUUCUUUUUCUUUUGACUACCCUUUGUAUUUCUAUUUGCUUCUUUUUUUCUUCUUCCGAAUAUCUCCUUUUUCCGAUCGGUGUUUUGGUCUGACUGAUUUAGACUUAUGAAUCUACAUGUAUGAUCACUAUAUAUCCCUAUGUUCUUCCGAAUUCUACUCAAGAAUUUAUAUCCCAUUUGGCAUUUACAAUGGUUAUUUAUUUUGGAAGAUAUUAUCAUGUUAUUUCUUGGAUCGAUGAAAGUGUAACACAAGCUAGGUAACACUUUUUUUCUUUUCAAGGUACACUUUAUAGUAUAUACUAAAUAUACAAACAAUGAUUCAUUAUGCUGAAUUAGUUCGUGGAAUUUCCG